CCUAUCAGGUUUUCCCUUACUGCAUUCGCAUCUAGCCGAACAUGGAUUCAUCUCUAAAGGGACGAGGAGUGGAGAGCAACAGAAUGGCGUACGUGUGCCUGACCAUCGUGCUACUGUACUCACACUCCGCCAUUUCACAGAGGACCAGGGGAGACAUCGACCUAUCGAGCAACGAGGUGACGUCACCGUGUUCCGGAAGUCAGGGGGCAGGUGAAGACGACCAGCCUGGGUUUGAUUUCAUAUCAAGACUGAGCCCCGGCAUGACGGGCAUUAGUAAAACCACCGGCUCUAACUCUUACCAGGUGGCGUACAAGAUAGAUAAAAAACACCAGCUAAGCAUCCCGACGCGCUCAAAGUCUAUUUCAUGUAUCAAAUUCAUUGCUAACGUGCCGACUGUCGACUCGAUGCUUGUCACUGAGAAGCCGUUCAUGCAGCUAUACCUAUGUCGUAACUCUCCCGAUGAUCUAAAUUCACUAGUGAAAUCCUACAACACCACUCUUUCAAACUUGCUAGACCAGCAUGCUCCUCUCAAGACCAAAUCUAUCACGAUUGACCUGCAGUGGAUGGUGAUACACUGCGACCCCUCGCGGCCGUUUCGUGAGAAAUGCGACGAGAUUCCGCGACCAGCGCCGGAUGAGGAAGUCGGAGUACAGCCCGAAUUGCCAUCCCCGAACGGGAUAAAGGAACCGGAAGCCGUAUGCGAGGUCCACUGCCCACGAGGACCUGCCGGAAGUCCGGGCACUCCGGGUCUUGAAGGACAGAUCGGCAUGCCGGGAAGGGAAGGCGCUCCAGGGCUUGACGGGAUGAGAGGAGCUCCAGGCAUCGACGGACCCCCGGGCCGCGACGGUGCCGACGCGGUGUCAGGAGCACAGGCACCACCUGGUAUGCCGGGAAGCGUAGGCCCGCAGGGGGCUCAGGGACCGCCUGGUGACACAGGCCAUCCAGGAGCCUACGGGCCAAAGGGCGACGGGGGCGAGCGAGGAAUGACAGGGAUGCCUGGGGAGCACGGCAUCCCGGGGGAGAAGGGAGAUGCUGGCCCACCGGGCAGGUCGGCCACGUCAGCAGAGGUUGGCGUCGGAGUGAAGGGCGAGAAAGGAGAAAUGGGACAGCUUGGUUUUCCGGGCGCCGCUGGACCUCUGGGGGCGAAAGGCGAUCGAGGAGAUAAGGGGGAUAUCGGCUACACAGGGAAAGACGGAAAACGAGGAGAACCCGGCGAGAAGGGAGAAGCUGGUGAUCCCGGAGCACGAGGCACCGUCGGCCCCCGAGGAUUACCGGGGCUUUCAGGCGGUGGAUUUGGUGGGCAGCCAGUGCUGGGAGCACAAGGAGAGCCCGGGGUGCCUGGGAGAGAUGGUCUUUCUGGACAGAAGGGAGAUGACGGCUAUCCUGGGGAUGCGGGUGAGCAAGGAUUCCCUGGUGACAAGGGGGAAUCCGGGGAGGAUGGCUUACCGGGUCUUCCCGGCACCGUAGGACAGCAAGGCCUUGCGGGAGCGAAGGGCGAAGCGGGAGCUCUAGGAAGCAAUGGAGAACCCGGUCAGAAUGGAUAUCCGGGCAUUCCUGGUCCAACCGGCCCGCCGGGAGAGACGGUACGAAUCUCCGGUCCGCCAGGCCCACCAGGUGGCGUGGGCGCCACCAAUAGCUAUAAUGAAGACGGCAAUGAAAUCCGUUACACGGACGCCGAGAAGGUGAGAGCAUGCAGUAUAUCGUUGAUGACCAUACUUAUACUUUACACCCACGUUACUAGAGUUACAAUUAAGGGUGACAUCGGUGAGCCUGGGCCACGUGGUCUACCUGGAAUCCUUGGACCGACCGGUGACCCGGGCAUACAUGGCAAUCCUGGCUUGAACGGCGAACAGGGCCCCGUGGGACAGCAAGGGGUCGCUGGCAUACCGGGUUUGCCAGGCCUCAGGGGCUUCCAGGGUGACCAAGGACAGGAUGGUGCAUCGGGCCUAAAGGGUGAAAAGGGCGAGGCAGCAGUCUAUAUCGAAUCGAAUGGCAACAACGCGUUCCGAGGCAUCCAGGGACCGUCGGGUGACAGAGGCUACCCGGGACCCCGAGGCAUGCCAGGCGCCAGAGGGGAGCCAGGUCUGAGAGGCCCGAUGGGGCAGCUUGGUCCCCAGGGAAUGCCAGGAAUGCCCGGAUCAGCAGGGGCCAGCGGGCCAGAAGGCAAGCGAGGACCGGGCGGGCUUCCUGGACUACCUGGUGGAAAAGGGAAUGGUCCCAGUCUGGACGACAUACGCGCCAUGUGUGAGCAGAUACUCAUGGAGAGGCUGGGAGCCAUCCGGGAAGAGCUGAGGGGACCGCCCGGACAUCCGGGGCAGGGAAGACCGGGACACCCGGGCCCACCGGGACAGCAGGGCAUACCAGGUGACCCGGGUCCGCAGGGUAUGCAGGGAGACCGAGGAUACCUAGGGCCGCCAGGCAUGAUCGGGGAAGCUGGUCCGACUGGAAUAAAAGGUGAACGGGGGUCACAUGGCGAGCGAGGGUCAGAAGGCGUCGGCAUUGAAGGACCGAUGGGCUUGCGCGGUCCGCCGGGGCCUCAAGGGACGACGGGAGUCGGGAUACCGGGACGAACAGGCAAACGGGGCCCGGCAGGGAAAACGGGAAUUCCGGGCCUGCGGGGAGCUCCGGGCACACAGGGCCCGCCGGGAUACUGCGAGUAUUGCAACUAUCCGUCUAACCAGAUUAUUCAUGUACAGUCGGACAGCAAGGGUCCGGCGAGGGAUGUACAGUCGGACAGCAAGGGUCCGGCGAGGGAUGAAAACACACGAAACUGAAGAGGAAGAGGAGCGCGAGAAGAAUGAGGAGAAGGAAGAGGAGGAGGAGGAGGAGGAGGAGGAGGA